AGGGAGGGACCACUGCCGGGCGAGGGCGCCACGGGGGCUCCAUGGCCGAAGGAGGCGACGCCGCGGGGGCGCCGGACGUGAUCCUAGAGGAUUAUUUCAUGAUGGAGGAGGAAACAGAGGAAGAAACCCUGGUUGACAAAGCAGCUGAAGAGGAUGAAAUUGAUCUUUAUAUUAACUUAACAUUCACUUCAGCCUACUCUGAAGACACUGGGGCAAAGGCUCUGACAACAGAAUCCCAGAAAGUGGCUGAGGUUGACCCCGGGGAAGGGGUGGUGGCCAUUGCUGGAGGAGAAAAGGAGACCAGAACUUCAGAGGUGGAACCCAUGGUGGAAGAUGGAGCAGGAGAUGAAAGCCUUCCCAGAGUGUCUCAGCCCCAUCAUGGCAUCAUGGAAGAAGAAGAGGAAGCCAUGGCUGACCAUGGAGGGGUGCCUACAAGUGAGAAUGCAGGAGAACUACAUGAGCUGGAAGAUCCAGCUGUUAUGAGUGCUGUACGUGGUCAGCUGCUGCUGGAGAGAGAAGAUUCUGCUAUUCUUGAUAGCAAAGUUGCCAACAAUCUUUCAGAUUAUUCUCCUGAUUACUUGACUGCUUCAAAAUGUGGUAUGUGGAGUCCAACUCUGAGAAGGGGCCCAUCCUUAUCUGUGAUGCAGGCACUGGAAAGGGCGUCUAGGUCUCCUGCUGACUUAGAUUUCCUGACCUCACCAGUGCAGACCGGCUACCUCAAUUCCCCUGAUCUUGAGCCCUCGGGUUUCUGUGGGAGGACUCUGAAGCCCGCUUCCCAGCGUUUCAUGCGGCAGCAAUCUUCAGUGAUGUCGCCUUCCGUAAGAACGCCUUAUCCAUUCACUCCACCCCGCAGGACACGUCGUCCGUUUGGCCUUAGUCAGAUGUCAGGCUAUGCUUCUCCGCCUCCGUUCCCGCCUUUCUUUUCCAAUGCCAGCAGCCCCACAUGGGCUUUGACUCACACACCUGAAACACCGCCCUUCAGUCCACUGAGCAGCAGCCAGCAGAAGAUCAGCUUGCCCAGCACUAUGACCCAGCUGCAUCCUUUGCACCAGCGGUUUCUCACCCAGAGGCAGCAAGGGCAAGAAAGGAGAAUUCCCUGUAUAGAAUCCCAGCCACCAGAGGUGGACCCUUUCUCUGCACUCAUGACUCCGAUUGAAAAAGAUUGGGUGAUAAAGGUGCAGAUGCUACAGUUGCAGAGCGAAAACCCCCAGCGGGAUGACUAUUAUUACCAGGAGUAUUAUCGCAAACUGGAGCACAAACAAGCUGAGAAAGGACUCCUUGCAGGGUGUAAACCGGAGGUCCCUAAGCUAGUCACCCCGUAUAUCCAGAAAGUGGAGACGUAUGAAUCUGUAGUGCGAAUUCCGGGGUCCUUAGGCCAGGUAGCCAUGUCCACGUGCUACAGUCCUCGCAGGGCUAUCGAUGCCGUGCACCACUUCUCUCUGGAACAGGCUGUAGGGAAUCAACGGCUACAAGUGCUGUACCAGAUUGAAAAGAUGUACCUUUGGCUCCUGGAGAUGGAGGACACUCAGCGGAAACUGGACCAGGCCCCGGCAGAGAAGCAUCCCCAUUUCUGUGAGAAACGUGACCACGUGGUAGAGCGCAUCUACCAAGCACUGAGAAGUGAAGAAUUCACUCCUGGGGAAGGAGAGGCGAAAGAGGAGUUUCUACAGAUUCUGCUGGUAGGAAAAGGGAAGCGGCUGGUGGCACGCCUCCUCCCGCAUCUCUCCCUGGAGCAAGCCAAGACGACCCUUGUUAGUAUUGCUCAGCACCUGGCAGUCCUCAUCAAGAAGGACUUGCUGGAGGAGACCCUGCCUAUCCUCUACAAUCCUCUCUGUGACACCAUUGGACAGCUGACGUUCAGCGAGUUGAUGGACAUCCUCCAGGAACUAACCCAGUUGCAGCCUGAUUCUGUCAAACAGUCCCUCGCUUUGAUCUUUAGCAACAAGUUUGCCAUCUCGCUGCUGUAUCUGUUGUUAAGCCAUGGUGAGAAGUGCCUCUCUUCGGACACAUCCCUGAAGCCUGAUAACAAAGACUUGGAAAAAUGGGUGGACAUGGUGCUUCUCGUUGCAAGGGAGCUGUCUCAAGUUCCCAAAGCUUCCAUGGUGGAACCACUUCACCUUCCCAGCAACCUCCUCUUCCUCUUCUGUCGCUAUGUGGACAAAGACAUUGUGAACCGCUUGGAUGUCCAGAUGGAGUGAGGAUUACCCCUGGGUAAGGGAGUGUGCUGGAUGAAGGUGAUGCCUUCAUCAGCAGCUGCAAGACUUGGAACCACGCUGGUCCUGCCCAUCUGGACUUUGGCCAGCAGCUUCUAGUAGCCAGAUGCUACUAGAGAUGUACAGGAAAUGUUUCAGAACUGGAUCCUUAAUUUAACAACACAGAUUUGUUUGGGUUGUUUUUGCUUUUUUUUUUUUUUUUGGUUCCGGUUUUUUGUAAUACUCUGUGCCAAUUGUAAAUAUCCAGUGCUGGCGCUAGAGCGCACGCCACACCAACGUGCUCAGCCUGAGUAAGUGGACAUAGGCUGGCCUCUACAGUGAGUACUAGGGGCCACUGAUGGGGAGAUAACUUUAUUUUUUAUUGUCUUUGGUAUGUACAGCACUUAAAUACAAUAAAAGCAACUCAAACUUG